CAAGAAAGAAUAUUGUGUGGAUUUUCCUAAAAAGAUGGGUUCCAUGGUUCUCUCUUUUAUUCUUGAUGACAAAAAAAAACAACAACUCCUGUUUCCUCUUUCUAAUUACCUAGGUAUCUACAGCCCUGGGGCCAUGAGUUCUGAAACACAUGUAUCUGAAGUUAAGGAUUCUAGAGCCCCUGUUUUUCUGACAAGGAUCCAAGGAGAGUCUGUGUUGUUCAAUGUGAUUAAGGAGCCAGAAACUAAGCUGGAAGAGAUCUCAUGGAGCGUUGGGCCUGAAUCAAACUACAGAGUUAUGCUGGAAGUCAAAGAGCAAGUUAACAAACCACAUUGGCUUAGCCUCCAAGACAAGUAUAUGCAGAGGGCACAUAUACUUAACAGGACGUCCCUAAGGAUCAAGAACCUGACCUAUGAUGACAGUGGGCAGUACCGGGCUCGAGUCAGAUUUCCUGGAGGAAAAGAAUUUAGCCAGGUUUUCUACCUCACUGUCUAUGAACCUGUGCCCCUUCCCCAGAUCCUAGUCAAGUCACAAUCUAUCACAUCAGACUGGUGCAACAUCACGCUGGAGUGCACACCCAUAAGAGCCACACAGGACCUGAAUGUGACCUGGAGAAGCAGUAACCCACCCAGGGAACUGGAUGAGACAAGCACACUGGAACCAGCCCUCAUCUCCUGGUCCCUGCCUAUGAAACUGCCCCCGACCCAGACCAACAUCAGCCUCACCUGUGUAGUCAGCAACCCCGUGGACCAAAAAAAUGCCACCACAAACCUUGGAGAAGUCUGUGACCAUCGUGAGUAUAAUAUGCCUGAGGGAAAGGACACUUUUCAGAGCUCGGGUAGCACUGCAGACUGAGGGUUCUGGGAUUUCUCCCCUCCAUCUUAAUUAGCACCACCAUCCACCUGGUCACCUCAUAUAGAAGUCGCGAGUCACAUCCAAUUUGCUUCUGCUUUUUAGUGUCUCUCACAACCAUGCCCUCCUCUCUACCUUUGUAGCCUCUGCUGACCCAGGAAGUAGCCAUCCAUCCCACCCCCAUCCACCAUCUAGAGUGUGUGCAGAGUGGUCUUUAGAAAAAAGAAAUUAGAUUGUGUCUUUUUCCUGUGUCAUCUUAGGAUUUGACCUCCAGCGAUUCCCUGGAGGAGUCAGGGCUCAGACAUUCCUCUGCCCAUAUUUCUGGCCUCACUUACAUACUCACUUACACCAAAUGGCCUGUUUAGAAUUCUCGAGUGUGUUCUGCUUUUCAAGUUUUUGAGCCUCUGAUUAUGCUGUUUCCUCUACCAUCAUUUCCACCAAGUCCAGAUUAUUUUUUUCUUCCUUACUCCUAUUGAAGGAUUUUCAUCAAUAUGGCUGGCAUUAUGGGUAUGGGAUGAGUCAGUUCAUACAGGGCCCCAUUCUUGGUUUAAAGCUGCUAUCAAUAAAGUUGAACAAAGGGCUCUUCAUUCUGGUUUUGCACAGGGCCUCGCAGGUAUUGCAGCUGUCCUGCUCUCAGGCACCUUCUCCUCUAAGGAGCAGUUCAUGACCACUGACCCUAGGGAGCAAUGCUGUUUAUAGAUUUGUCUCCCCCAUCUGGGGAAUGACUUGAAAGCAGGGAUCAUGUUUUGUCCUGUUUUGAAUCUCUGUGCCAAGCAGAGCUUCUGGGAAAGUUUGCUCACAAUCAGUAUUUUACUGAAUGAAAAAAGGCCCUGG